GCCAUCCAGUGCGGUUGGAUGAGCUCCCUCUAAGGAAUACGAAAAGAACAGUGAAGAAAGUGACAAGCAGAUAAGAAAGUGAAAUACAUAAGAGUGAACCGGGAAAGAAAGAGAUAGAACCGGAAGUGGUCCGAGGAAGGAUUGUCGUUAUCGCAGCGCGGGUGCUUGAACUCUCGGCACGAUGGGGCUCAGAAUGGCCUCCAUUGGGUUCCUGCUCCUGAUCCUGGCGAUCACCUAUUGCCAGGCAGAGCUAACUCCGCCAUAUUUCAAUCUCGCUACGGGCAGGAAGAUACAAGCCACGGCCACUUGUGGUCAGGAUACGGACGGACCAGAGCUUUAUUGUAAAUUAGUAGGAGCUAAUGCGGAUGAGGAUCACGUCGACUACUCAGUCAUCCAAGGACAGGUCUGCGACUACUGUGAUCCCUCGAACCCGGAGAAGAACCAUCCGCCAGAGAACGCGAUCGAUGGCACCCAGGCCUGGUGGCAGAGUCCUCCGCUGUCCAGGGGCAUGAAAUUCAAUGAAGUCAAUUUGACCAUCGAUUUCGAACAGGAAUUCCAUGUGGCCUACUUGUUCAUUCGCAUGGGCAACUCCCCUCGUCCGGGUCUCUGGACGUUGGAGAAGUCCACGGAUUAUGGCCAAACCUGGGCGCCUUGGCAGCACUUCUCCGAUACUCCCGCCGAUUGUGAGACCUAUUUCGGCAAGGACACCUACAAACCGAUUACCCGCGACGACGAUGUCAUCUGUACCACCGAAUACUCAAAGAUUGUGCCGCUGGAGGGCGGAGAGAUUCCCGUGCUCCUUCUAAACGGACGUCCCAGCUCCACCAACUACUUCAACUCAACGGUGCUGCAGGAAUGGACCCGUGCCACAAAUAUUAGGAUCCGUCUGCUCCGCACAAAGAAUCUUUUGGGACAUCUGAUGUCCGUGGCUCGACAGGAUCCCACGGUGACGCGUCGUUACUUCUACUCGAUCAAGGACAUCUCGAUCGGAGGAAGGUGCAUGUGCAACGGACACGCCGAUACCUGCGACGUCAAGGACCCGAAGAGUCCAGUGCGCAUCCUGGCCUGCCGCUGCCAGCAUCACACUUGCGGCAUCCAGUGUAACGAGUGCUGCCCAGGAUUCGAGCAGAAAAAGUGGCGCCAAAACACCAAUGCCCGACCCUUCAACUGCGAACCCUGCAACUGCCAUGGUCACAGCACCGAUUGCAAGUACGAUGAGGAAGUGAACCGCAAAGGACUCUCCCUGGACAUUCACGGACACUACGAUGGAGGUGGUGUUUGCCAGAACUGUCAGCACAACACUGUGGGAAUUAACUGCAACAAGUGCAAGCCCAAGUACUAUAGACCCAAGGGCAAGCACUGGAAUGAGACCGAUGUGUGCAGUCCCUGCCAGUGUGACUACUUCUACUCCACGGGACACUGCGAGGAGGAGACCGGAAACUGCGAGUGCCGUGCCGCCUUCCAGCCGCCCAACUGCGACUCCUGUGCCUACGGAUACUACGGCUACCCCAACUGCCGGGAGUGCGAGUGCAACCUGAACGGAACCAAUGGAUACCACUGCGAGGCGGAGAGCGGGCAGCGAUGCCCGUGCAAGAUCAACUUCGCGGGAGACUACUGUAAGCAGUGCGCCGAGGGAUACUACGGAUUCCCCGAGUGCAAGGCCUGCGAGUGCAACAAGAUCGGCUCGAUGGGCAACGAUUGCAACGUGACCACUGGAGUGUGCAAGUGUUUGACCAGUUUCGGAGGCGACAACUGCGAGCGCUGCAAGCAUGGAUACUACAACUACCCCACUUGCGCUUACUGCGACUGCGACAACGAGGGCACAGAGUCGGAAAUCUGCAACAAGCAAUCGGGCCAGUGCAUCUGCCGCGAGGGAUUCGGUGGCCCCAGGUGCGAUCAAUGCUUGCCAGGAUACUACAACUAUCCGGACUGCAAGCCCUGCAACUGCUCCAGAACGGGCAGUUCGGCCAUCACCUGUGACAACACCGGCAAAUGCAACUGCCUCAACAACUUUGCCGGAAAACAGUGCACCCUCUGUACCGCCGGCUACUACAAUUACCCCGAAUGUCUAUCUUGUAACUGUGACUCGCACGGAUCUCAGGGAGUGUCCUGUAACUCGGACGGCCAGUGCCUGUGUCAGGCCAACUUCGACGGACGGCAAUGCGAUUCCUGCAAGGAGGGCUUCUACAACUUCCCCAGCUGCGAGGGCUGCAACUGCGAUCCGGCUGGAGUGAUCAGUAAGUUUGCCGGAUGCGGAUCGGUGCCCGUGGGUGAGCUCUGCAAGUGCAAGGAGCGAGUAACCGGCAGGAUCUGUAAUGAGUGCAAGCCACUGUACUGGAACCUCAACAUUAGCAAUACUGAGGGAUGUGAGAUCUGCGACUGCUGGACAGAUGGUACUAUAUCCGCCCUGGAUACCUGUACCUCCAAGGCGGGACAGUGUCCCUGCAAGCCGCAUACUCAGGGCAGGCGCUGUCAGGAGUGUCGGGAUGGAACCUUCGACCUGGACAGUGCCUCGCUGUUUGGCUGCAAGGACUGCAGUUGCGAUGUGGGCGGUUCGUGGCAGAGUGUCUGCGACAAGGUCAGCGGCCAGUGCAAGUGCCAUCCGAGGAUUACGGGUCUGGCAUGUACCCAGCCCCUGACCACCCACUUCUUCCCGACGCUUCAUCAGUUCCAGUACGAGUACGAGGACGGAACACUGCCCUCGGGAACCCAGGUACGCUACGAUUACGAUGAGGAGGCAUUCCCCGGUUUCAGCAGCAAGGGCUACGUGGUGUUCAACGCCAUCCAGAAUGAGGUGCGCAACAGGCUGAACGUCUUCAAGUCCUCUCUCUACCGGAUUGUACUGCGCUAUGUGAAUCCCAAUUCCGAGAAUGUCACCGCCACCAUUUCAGUCACGUCGGACAAUCCUCAGGAGGUGGACCAACACGUGAAGGUACUCCUGCAGCCCACCUUGGAACCCCAGUUCGUGACCGUUGCGGGUCCUCUGGGCUCAAAGCCCUCGGCCAUUGUUUUGGAUCCGGGUCACUAUGUCUUUACCACCAAGGCCAACAAGAAUGUGAUGCUCGACUACUUUGUUCUACUGCCAGCCGCUUAUUACGAAGCUGGAAUUCUAACCCGCCACAUCUCCAAUCCCUGUGAACUGGGCAACAUGGAGCUGUGUCGCCACUACAAAUACGCCUCCGUUGAUGUGUUCCAACCAGCUGGAACUCCAUUUGUCAUCGGAGCCAACUCGAAGCCCACAAAUCCCUUGGAGAUCUACAGCGAUCCGGAGCAUCUUCAGAUUGUUAGCCAUGUGGGCGAUAUUCCCGUGCUGAGCCAGUCGCAAAGGGAGCUCAACUACAUUGUGGAUGUGCCCCGCAGCGGACGAUACAUCUUCGCGAUUGACUAUAUCAGCGAUAGGAACUUCCCCAACAGUUACUAUAUCAACUUGAAGAUUAAGAACAAUCCCGAUUCGGAGACAUCUGUGCUGUUGUAUCCAUGCUUAUACUCCACCAUCUGCCGAACUUCGGUUAACGACAAUGGUAUGGAGAAGUCCUUUUAUAUCAGCAAGGACGAUCUGCAGCCAGUCGUCAUCUAUGCUGACAUCGAUGAUGAAUCUCGUUUCCCGAUUAUCUCGGUGACCGCUAUUCCCGCCGAGGAAUGGUCCAUUGACUACAUCAACCCCAGUCCCGUCUGUGUGAUCCAUAAUGAGAAGUGCGCCACACCCAAAUUCCGUUCAGUUCCCGACUCCAAGAAGAUCGAGUUCGAAACUGAUCACGAGGAUCGUAUUGCCACAAAUAAGCCACCGUAUGCCUCGUUUGAUGAUCGGGUUAAGCUGGUACAUUUGGCCAGUCCUGAGGAAGGAACCAUAGUGAUUGAAUCAAAGGUUGAUGCUGCGAAACCCAAUCUGUUUGUGAUCCUUGUGAAGUACUACCAGCCAAACCAUCCCAAGUACCAGGUGUACUAUACAUUGACAGCUGGUAAGAAUCAGUAUGAUGGCAAGUUCGACAUCCAGCACUGCCCCUCAAGUUCCGGUUGCCGUGGAGUGAUUCGUCCCCCCGGCGAGGGUUCGUUCGAGAUUGACGAUGAGUUCAAGUUCACAAUUACGACCGAUCGAUCCCAGAGCGUUUGGCUGGACUACCUGGUGGUGGUUCCUCUGAAGCAGUACAACGAUGACUUGCUGGUGGAGGAGACCUUCGACCAGACCAAGGAGUUUAUCCAGAACUGCGGCCACGACCACUUCCACAUCACCCACAAUGCCAGUGACUUCUGCAAGAAGUCCGUUUUCUCCCUGACCGCCGAUUACAACAGUGGAGCACUGCCGUGCAAUUGCGACUACGCUGGAUCCACGAGCUUCGAGUGUCAUCCGUUUGGAGGUCAGUGCCAGUGCAAGCCGAAUGUGAUCGAGCGCACGUGCGGAGCCUGCAAGAGUAGGUAUUACGGAUUCCCCGACUGCAAGCCUUGCGAGUGUCCCAGUAGCGCCAUGUGCGAGCCCUCCACCGGAGAGUGCAUGUGCCCGCCCAAUGUGAUUGGAGAUUUGUGCGAGAAGUGCGCCCCUAACACCUACGGAUUCCAUCAGGUUAUUGGCUGCGAGGAGUGCGGAUGCAACCCUAUGGGCAUUGCCAACGGAAACACCCAGUGCGACCUGUUCAACGGAACCUGCGAGUGCCGGGACAAUAUUGAGGGCAGGGCCUGCGAUGUGUGCACCCAUGGAUACUAUAACUUCCCGCACUGCCAGCAGUGCAGUUGCCACAAACCGGGAACCGAACUGGAGGUGUGCGACAAGGUCGAUGGCAGCUGCUUCUGCAAAAAGAAUGCGGUGGGAAGGGAUUGUGACCAGUGUAUAGAUGGAACAUACAACCUGCAAGACUCGAAUCCAGAGGGUUGCACCACUUGUUUCUGUUUUGGCAAGACCUCACGAUGUGACAGUGCCUAUCUGAGGGUGUACAAUGUGAGUCUGUUAAAGCAAGUGACCAUCAGUACUCCGGAGUUCCGUGAGGAGAGCAUCAAGUUUGAAAUGUGGCCUGUGCCGGCGGAGGAGAUUCUUCUGAAUGAGACCACGCUGAAGGCGGACUUUACGUUGCGAGAGGUCAACGACGAACGUCCCGCUUACUUUGGCGUUCUUGACUAUCUGCUCAACCAGAAUAAUCAUAUCACAGCUUACGGCGGAGAAUUGGCCUACACUCUACAUUUCACUUCGGGCUUUGACGGCAAAUAUAUUGUCUCUCCGGAUGUGAUUUUAUUCAGCGAACACAAUGUCCUGGUGCACCAAAGCUAUGAGCAGCCCAACAGGAAUGAGCCUUUCACCAACCGCAUCAAUAUAGUGGAGUCGAAUUUCCAGACGGUUUCGGGAAAACCAGUUUCCCGAGCUGACUUCAUGAUGGUUCUGCGGGAUCUGAAGAUGAUCUUCAUCAGGGCCAACUAUUGGGAACAGACUUUGGUGACCCACUUGGCGGAUGUGUACCUAACCAUAGCCGAUGAGGAUGCAGAUGGCACUGGCGAGUACCAGUUCCUGCCUGUGGAGCGAUGCUCCUGCCCGCCCGGUUACUCGGGACACUCUUGCGAGGAUUGUGCCCCAGGCUACUACCGCGAUCCCAGCGGACCCUACGGCGGUUACUGCAUUCCCUGCGAGUGCAAUGGCCACUCGGAUACCUGCGACUGUGCCACCGGCAUCUGUACGAACUGCCAGCAUGGAACUCAGGGUGAGCACUGUGAGCAGUGUGUGUCCGGUUACUAUGGAAAUGCCACGAACGGAUCUCCUGGAGAUUGUAUGAUCUGCGCCUGCCCACUUCCCUUCGACUCGAACAAUUUUGCCACCAGUUGCGAAAUCUCCGAGAGCGGUAACGAGAUCCAUUGUGAGUGCAAGCCAGGAUACACGGGUCCCCGUUGCGAGUCCUGCGCCAAUGGUUUCUACGGACAGCCGGAGAAUUUGGGAGAGGUGUGCAAGCCAUGCGAGUGUUCUGGAAACAUCAAUCCCGAGGAUCAGGGUUCCUGUGACACGAGAACUGGGGAAUGUCUGCGCUGCUUGAAUAACACCUUCGGAGCUGCCUGCAACCUGUGUGCUCCCGGCUUCUAUGGCGAUGCCAUCAAGCUGAAGAACUGCCAGAGCUGUGAUUGCGAUGAUCUGGGCACCCAGGAGUGCGAUCCUUUCGUGGGCAUCUGCACCUGUAACGAAAAUGUCAUCGGCGAACGCUGCGACCGCUGCAAGCCGGAUCACUAUGGCUUUGAGUCGGGAAUGGGUUGCAGAGCCUGCGAUUGCGGAGCGGCUUCCAAUUCGACGCAGUGCGAUAUGCACACGGGUCACUGUGCCUGCAAGUCGGGAGUGACGGGACGCCAGUGCGAUCGGUGUGCCGUGGACCACUGGAAUUACGACAAGGAUGGCUGCACUCCGUGCAACUGCAACCAGGGAUACUCUCGAGGAUUCGGCUGUAAUCCCAACACGGGCAAGUGCCAGUGCCUGCCGGGAGUCAUCGGGGAUAGAUGCGACGCCUGUCCGAAUCGCUGGGUGCUGGUCAAGGACGAGGGCUGCCAGGAGUGCAACAACUGUCACCAUGCUUUGUUGGAUGUCACCGAUCGGAUGCGCUAUCAGAUCGACGGUGUCCUGGCUGAUUUUAACAGCGUGACCCUGGCCUUCUUCACCAGUCAAAAGUUGAACUACUAUGACCAGCUGGCCGACGAACUGGAGCCCAAGGUCAAGCUACUGGAUCCCAACAGUGUGGACCUCAGUCCCUCCAAGCAGGAAAACAGCGAACUGGAGACAGAGGCCAAGUCCUAUGCCAAGCAGGUCAACCAAACACUGGCCAACGCCGUGGACAUCCGUGAGCGAUCGAGCACCACUUUGGGCAACAUCACAGUGGCCUACGACGAGGCGAUCAAGAGUGCUGGCCAGGCCAAGGAGGCCAUCUCCGCGGUGGAGGCCCUUUCCAAGAAUCUGGAGGCGGCGGCGAGCACAAAGCUGGAUGCGGCUCUGGAACAAGCCCAACACAUCUUGGGUCAAAUCAACGCCACCACCAUUGAACUGACACCCAAUGCGCAAGUCUUGGAAAAGGCCAGGAAACUCUAUGAGGAGGUCAACACCCUGGUGCUGCCCAUCAAGGAGCAGAACAAGAGCCUGAAUGCCCUGAAGAAUGACAUUGGGGAAUUCAGCGACCAUCUGGAGGACCUCUUCAACUGGACCGAGGAAGCGCAGGCCAAGUCCGCCGAUGUGGAGCGCAGGAAUGUGGCCAACCAGAAGACCUUUGACAACUCCAAAUUCGACACCGUCUCGGAGCAAAAGCAACAGGCGGAGAAGAACAUCAAGGAUGCGGGCCAUUACCUGAUCAACGGUGAUCUGACGCUCAGUCAAAUCAACCAGAAGUUGGAUAGCUUGAGGGAUGCCUUCGUUGACCUCACGUCGGUCAACAAACAGGUGGACGAUGACUUGCCCCUGAGGGAGGAGCAGCACAACGAGGCUGAUGCCCUGACCGCUCGGGCGGAACUGAAGGCGGACGAGUUGGCCAUUAAGGCACAGGAUCUGGCUGCCCAGUACACGGAUAUGACCGCCAGUGCGGAGCCGGCCAUCAAGGCGGCCAGUGCCUACUCGGGAAUCGUGGAGGCCGUGGACGCUGCCCAGAAACUCAGCCAGGAUGCGAUUGCUGCGGCUGGCAAGGCCACCGAAAUGACAGAUGGCAUCGAAGAGCGAGCAGGUCAAGCCGACACUGGAUCUGCAGAUCUCCUCCAGAAGGCCCGCCAGUCCCUGCAGAAGGUCCAAGACGACCUGGAGCCACGUCUCAACGGUUCGGCUAGCAAGGUCCAAAAGAUCUCCGACGUUCACACUGCCACCGAACAGCAGCUGAGGGACAUAUACGCUCUGAUCGAGCAACUGCCGGCUGAGUCCCAGAGGGAUAUGUGGAAGAAAUCGAAUGCCAAUGCCAGCGAUGCACUGGAGAUCCUGAAGAAUGUCCUGGAAAUCCUAGAACCAGUGAGUGCUCAAACGCCAAAGGAACUCGAGAAGGCGCACGGCAUCAAUAGGGACUUGGAUCUGACCAACAAGGACAUCUCGCAGUCCAACAAACAGUUGGACGAUGUCGAGGGUUCCGUCUCGAAACUGAACGAACUGGCGGAGGAUAUCGAGGAGCAGCAGCAGCAAGUGGGCGCUCAGACCCUGCAGUUGGGCCAGGAAAUCGAGAAUCUGAAGGCCAAGGUGGAGGCCGCUCGCCAGUUGGCCAACAGCAUCAAGGUGGGCGUCAAAUUCAAGCCAAGCACGAUCCUCGAACUGAAGACACCGGAGAAGACCAAGCUGCUGGCCACCCGCACCAAUCUAUCGACCUACUUCCGCACCACGGAACCAAACGGAUUCCUUCUGUACCUGGGCAAUGACAACAAGACCGCCCAAAAGAACAAUGACUUCGUGGCCGUGGAGAUUGUGAAUGGCUAUCCCAUUCUCACCAUCGAUUUGGGCAACGGUCCGGAGCGCAUCACCAGCGAUAAGUACGUAGCAGAUGGCCACUGGUACCAGGCGGUGGUGGAUCGUAUGGGUCCCAAGGCCACGCUUACGAUCAGGGAGGAACUACCAAACGGCACGGUUGUGGAUCACAAGAAGAGCGCUCCCCUCGAGGGUUCGCAGAAUAUCCUCCAUGUGGAUAAGAAUAGUCGCCUCUUUGUGGGCGGCUAUCCAGGCAUAUCGGACUUCAAUGCUCCCACAGACCUGACCACCAACUCCUUCAACGGCGACAUUGAGGAUCUGAAAAUCGGCGACGAAAGCGUGGGACUGUGGAACUUUGUUAAUGGCCAGGAGAACGAGGACGGCGCCCGGGAGCGGGAUGUGCUGCUCGAGAAGAAAAAGCCAGUUACGGGCUUGCGAUUCAAGGGUAAUGGCUAUGUCCAGCUGAACGCCACCUCCAACUUCAAGACCCGCUCCAGCAUUCAGUUCAGCUUCAAGGCGGACAAGGACACGUCCAAUGGGCUGCUCUUCUUCUACGGAAGGGAUAAGCACUACAUGAGCAUCGAGAUGAUCGACGGAGCCAUCUUCUUUAACAUUAGUUUGGGCGUGGGUGGAGGCGUUCAGUCCGGCAGCCAGGAUCGCUACAAUGACAACCAGUGGCACAAGGUCCAGGCGGAGCGGGAGAAUCGAAAUGGCCUUCUUAAGGUGGAUGACAUCGUCAUAUCCCGGACAAAUGCUCCACUGGAGGCGGACUUGGAGCUGCCCAAGCUGAGGCGACUGUACUUCGGUGGUCAUCCCAGACGUCUGAAUAACUCGAUUAGUUUGCAGCCCAACUUUGAUGGCUGCAUCGACAAUGUGGUGAUCAAUCAAGGAGUUGUAGACCUGACGGAAUACGUCUCUGGCGGCGGAGUGGAGGAGGGCUGCAAUGCGAAGUAUUCCACGGUGCUGUCCUAUGCACCGCAUGAAUACGGUUUCCUGAGGAUGAACAACAUUUCCUCGAAUAACGAUCUGCAUGUGGUCCUGCACUUCAAGACAACCCAGCCGAAUGGAGUUAUCUUCUACGCCGCCAAUCAUGACCAGAGUUCAAACAUUGGUCUUAGCCUGCAAGAUGGUUUGCUGAAGCUGAACAGCAUGGGCAGCCAGUUGGUGGUCGAUGAUCUUAUACUCAACGAUGGCGAGAAUCAUGUGGUUACGGUGCAGCACAUCCAGAAUGAACUGCGGCUCUCGGUGGACGAUGUGGAGCACAGGAGAUUUGGCUCCCCAGAACCUCUGAUUCUGGAGGGAGGCGACAUCUUCUUCGCUGGCUUGCCGGACAACUAUCGAACACCCAGGAACGCCUUGGCCAGUUUGGCCUACUUUGUCGGCUGCAUCAGCGAAGUGACCGUGAACAAUGAGGUUAUUAACUUUGCCAACAGUGCUGAGAGGAAGAACGGCAACAUCAACAACAACAGCUGUCCUCCACAUGUACUAGCCUACGAGCCAAGUCUGGUGCCCAGCUACUAUCCCAGUGGAGACAACGAGGUGGAGUCCCCUUGGCCAAACCCCGAUCCACUGCCCCCACUCAAGCCAGAUAUCGAGGCCACAGAAGCACCCACCAGGCCCACCACGACAGCAACCACCACUACGACUACCACCACCACAACAACCACUUCGACAACGACGACCACGACCAGCACCACUCAAGCACCGAUCUUCUUCGAUGCGGAUAAGGACCAGGAGCUUAGGGUUCCGCCAAAGACCCUAACCACCCGGCCACCGGCCAAACUAAAUCUGCCCAGCGAUGAGCGCUGCAAACUGCCGGAGCAGCCCAACUUCGAUGUGGACUUCGCGGAGGCGGGAUACCGAUUCUACGGGCUCAGGGAGCAGCGCCUGGAGAUCACCUCGCUGCCGGUGAAGCUGCGCCGCCAGCAUGACAUCGGCAUCUCCUUCCGCACGGAGCGACCCAACGGCCUGCUCAUCUUCGCCCCAAGUAUCAAGCAGCGCGAGGACUUCAUAGCCGUGUAUCUCCUGGACGGUCGGGUGACUUACGAGAUCCGGGUGGGUGCACUGCUGGAGGCGAAGAUCACCAGCGAGGCAGAACUGAAUGACGGUUCGUGGCACAGCGUGGAGGUGGUGCGCACCCAGCGUAAGGUCACCCUGCUCAUCGACAAGUUGGAGCAGGUGGGAUCGGUGGAUCUGAGUACGGAGAGGAGUCCUCCGCUGUUCGAUGUGCAGUUGCCCAUCUAUGUGGGUGGCGUUACCAAGUUCCUGGAGCCGGAGGUCAAGAAACUCACCGGCUUUGUUACGGAUGUGCCCUUCUACAACGGUUGCCUGAAGAACAUCAAGUUCAACGCCGUCGAUUUGGAGACGCCACCGGAAGAGUACGGAGUUGUUCCUUGCUCCGAGCAGGUGGAACGCGGGUUGUUCUUCAACAACCAGAAGUCGUUCGUUAGGAUCUUUGACCACUUUGAUGUCGGCACCGAGAUGAAGAUCAGUUUUGAUUUCCGGCCGAGGGAUCCCAACGGUCUGCUCUUCUCCGUGCACGGGAAGAACUCCUACGCCAUCCUCGAGCUGGUGGACAACACCCUGUUCUUCACCGUGAAAACCGAUGUCAAGAAUAUUGUGUCCACCAACUACAAGCUGCCCAACAACGAAAGUUUCUGCGAUGGCAAGACACGCAACGUUCAGGCCAUCAAAUCGAAGUUUGUCAUCAACAUAGCCGUGGACUUUAUAAGCUCCAAUCCGGGCGUGGGCAACGAAGGAUCGGUUGCCACAAGGACGAACCGUCCGCUGUUCCUGGGCGGACAUGCUGCCUUCCAAAAGGCACCGGGCAUCAGGACCAAGAAGUCCUUCAAGGGUUGCAUCAGCAAGGUGGAGGUCAACCAAAAGAUGAUCAACAUUACGCCCGACAAGGUCGUUGGUGAUAUAUGGCAAGGUUACUGCCCCCUGAACUAAUGAAUACCCUCGAAAAUACUUAAGGACCAAUGAUUAAUUUGACCAAAACUACGAAAAACUGCCAGGGAAUAUCUAAAGUUGCCGACAACUGCUAAUCAAAGGACAACGAUCGAACAAAUUUUCAACGAACAAAAUCGACAUGCCAUGGAAAAGUCAGGGGUUAUCAUAGAUUAUUGACCCUCAGCAAAGAUGCCAGUCGUAUAUUUCUUAGUACUUUAAGCCAAACUUCUGUGUGCCAAUCUAUUAAAGCCAUAUACAUACAUAUUUCAGUUGUAUGCUUUCAAUCUUUUACAACUCUUUAAGUCAAACUAUGAAUUUUAUAAUUUUGUCAAAUCAAUAAAUACAAUUUUAAUAAAAGUUAAA